UCUUUUUUUCGACGGUGAUCAUUUCUGGAUACUUUCGAAAAUUCGAUUUCAUCGAUUUUCGAGAGUAACAAGGUUUUAGUGCAUUGUUCAGAGACCUAUCCAACAAGGAUGUACAGUUCUUCAGUGGGACACACAGUAUGUGCUAAAAGUAACUGUUAUCAUUUCUUUGCAAAACAGAUAUUGGUGAUGCAAAGAACUAAAUCCAAUGUAAGCCGAUCCAACGCACUUCAGCGCAGCCUUUCCUACAAGAUCCACCCAAGUGCUAGAAGCAAUGUUUUUGAAUCCUCUUCACUCGCAUGCCCGAACCCGAGCAAGGUCAGUCCGAGGUGUUUCUCGUUUAGAUCAGAUGCGUUUCAAAACACUAGCACUCAAACCCGUAAAAUGGCCGUUUCGCGAAAAGCGAAGAACAGUCCUAGAAUGUCGCCGGAUAGUUUAAGUCCCAAAACCGAGUAUGAUCCCGAACUUGGCCGUCAACGAGAACCACAUUUUAGUUCGAUAGGAAAUUCAGAGAGCGGGUUAUUUUGCACGUCAAAAAAUCGGGUUUUAAACUACCUCUAUUCGCGCAAACCACAGCUUGCCGAUCGAGGUAAAACGCUAGCGGAAGGUUCCCUGACCAACACGUUCUUGAAGAAGAAUAGGACGAAGAUCGAAGACAACGCAUGCACUAUAACAGCCACCAAGUCCCGUUUUCUCCAGCAAACCUCCCCCCUUAGGAAACUAACACCCGGAUCGUUAAAGAGUCAAUCUUUUGUAGAGCCUCGCCUCGCACUAAAUAACAAAUUGAAAUUGCUCCCCGUUAAGCAAAAAACUCCGUCCGAAUAUACAGCCAAACCGGUGAAAUAUUUCUUGAACUUUCAAGGCGACGCGAUAAGCUCACCAAAAAACAAAAGCUUUAUGUCCCCCACAAUUUCAAGCGAGCAAAAAAACAAACUGAAAGAAAUCAGAGAUGUGGAGAGGCUAAUCUCGCCUACAAGAAGAGGAAGAUCGGCCAGUCCGAAAGCCAACGUGAACAUGAGAAAAAAUAUGAAAAAAGUGCCGUACAUCGACAAAAGUUCCUCGUCAAUUUUUCAAAGUGGAUGUCGACCUAUUCAAUCUGAUAGCGAGAGAUUUAUUUUGAAUUUGGGAACAUCGACCAGUAACACGUCCAUCGCAACUGCGUUAGAAAACAGCUGUACAAUAAGCGGAAUUGAACAAGAUCUCAGUCAGGCUAUCGCAAAACUGAAGGAGAACGACUGGAACAUAGCCCUGCGAGGCUUGGCGGAAAUUGUAGAAAUAUGCCGGGUAACCGACUCCGAUUUUGUAUAUCCUCACAUGACCAGCAUUAAUCAACGUAUCAUCGACCUACUGAAAAGUCCUCGUUCUCACGUCUGCAGAACCACUUGCCAGGCUACUGGUCAUUUGUUCGAAUACGUUAAGGAUACCAGAAGACCAGAGUUUGACGAAAUCGUGGAUACGCUAUUGUGUCGCACUGCCGAUUCCAAUAAAUUUAUCAGACGAGACGCUAAUCUAGCUUUGGACUGUAUGGUAACGCAUAUUUCUACGCUGCACGCAGUACGAGCAAUUUGUGCUAAGGGCCCAGAACACAAAAAUUUCUUAGUCAGGUCAGCGGCGGCGCGCCUAAUCGUAUGCGCAGCAGUUAUAGCAGGACCCCACGCUAUUCUGAACCCCAACUAUAGCGACUACACUCGAAGAAGGAUCAUCCUGAACAUGGUUAAGUUCCUGAAUGACAAAACUUAUGAAACAAGAAAAUUCGGGCAACGAUUGUACCGUCUGCUGUCGAUAGACAAAAUGUUUGACUUUUACCUGAAGAGGUACUUAGAAAGGGACGCCGUGCAAAAAAUAAAAUUAUGUGUUAAAAUGGAUAACGUAAAAAAAUUAUGACUAGUUUUAAUGUACCGUA